AUGGAGAAGACGGUCAUGCCGCCUCCCUUGACCUACGAGGCGGAAACAAAGCCUCUGUAUUCAUUUGAGGACAAUGGGGAUUAUUUAUAUGAAGUGGCUUGGUCACCCAUCCAUCCAGUUCUCUUCACAACUGUGGAUGGCUCAGGUCGAAUUGAUCUCUGGAACUUAAAUCAAGAUACAGAGGGCAGCCCAGCCCUGAACAGAGUGUCUUGGACAAAUUUUGGCCAACGAAUUACUGUUGGAGAUGACAUGGGUAAAAUUUGGAUCUAUGAUGGUGGAGAGCAACUGGCUUUACCACGUGCAGAUGACUGGGCUCGUCUGGUUCAUACGAUGGGAGACCUGAAGAACAACCAGGCUGACGAUGACCAAUCUACACGACACUACGACUCGUCGUUUUCAUCGCUUAUGUCUCUCUCGUCGUCUCCUCUCGGAUAA